GUCAAUGAAACGGCCGGCAGAGGAACGUCCGAUGGCGAGCAUGCAGGCACGCGCAGAACUGGGUGCAGUUCAGGGCGGAAGAGGACCUGCGACGGAGGUGCUUCGACGGUGGUACAAACCGUCCUUGUACACCAAUCUAGAGUCGUGGGAGACGCCACUGCCCCCGUCGAACGAGGAGGCGAAGACGGAAGAACUUGCAACAUUGCCUCUCGGUAGCGGGUCGACGCAGAUGUUGUCGCAGAUGAUGCGAGCGCGCGGGUCGGCUAGCAACGAAGGCGGCGAGUUCACCUCCCUCCUAAGAACGCCGGCCCAACCCGACCUGAGGGACGAGCCUGCUUGCAGAGCACCGGUGCGUCCAGGACCCACUGUGGAGAACAUCACACGAGGAGUGUCCAACAUGAGGGCACACAACGAUGGUGGCGACGACGAUGCCGGUGGCAGUGACGAUCCUGACAAAGGAUUCAGGGGGGACGGGGAAGCAGGGGACGACAACGACGACAUUCAUAUUCGGCCUUUGGGGAAGAGGACUGGGAGGGGGAAAGGACUCAGCAGAGGUGCUGUUCGUGGACGAUCCGUUGGCCGUGGCGGCAGAGGAGGCUGGAAGUGGGACGACAUUGCGAAGCAAAUGGCGAAUGCGGGGAGGCCUAAAGACGCCGACGACUGCAUGAAGAAGUGGGACAAUCUGUUCCAAAACUACAAGAAGAUACAAAGGUUUCAAAAUGCCUGCGGCGAGGCAGAUUCCUUCAGGCUGUCAAAGGAAGAAAGAAAGGAGCACAACUUCAAGUUCCGCAUGGACAAGGUGUUGUACAACAAGAUCCAUGGAGGCGUGCAGCGGAACCACACAAUUUUUCCUCCCAACGUCGCCAACACCAGCAGUCCGGACGGGGUGCAACUGCCGAGGCAAGGAGCGGCUGGUGGGAAGUCUGUUAGUAGUGAGGCCGGCGGUGAUGGCUGCCCUGAAGAACGUUAUUCGGCAAGGGACUUCGAGAACAACGCAGGCAGUGGGGUCGGAGGCGGUGUCGGAGGGCAUGGUGUCCCGGCCCUCCUCUGUGUGCCAAGUCCUCACUCGGUGUUAACUCCUGACGUCAUUGAUUUGUCAGGGAAGCUCCAGAACCUUCACUGCGGAUCUGGGAUAUCGGGGUUGUGCUUCGGCACGGGUCGACCCUGUUAGCGCUCGCCUUAGGCAAAAGGGGUGCGCCCCAGGGCUUCCAUUGGUUCACGCAGGCCCGGCGCCCUGCUGUACAGUAGAGCACAACCGGCUUGUGGCUGUGGUAGCCGCCGGGUUCGCCCUGGGACGCGAGAGUGGAGGGAUUGAUACUGCUUUAUCAACUGCGCGCCGAGCGCUCUCUUUCCAGGUUAUGGGAUAGGUACAUGGGACAGGUCUUGAUAAAGAGAUAAAAGAAAACAAAAUGUGCUGGGGUGA